UGUGAGUUUUAUGUAUUGUUGUAAUCAACUGCAGAGUGCCCAGCUCAGCCAGAUUGUCACAAGCCUGUCACCCUGCUCGUCACCCCACUCCAAAGCACCCCAUACGUUGAUGGGUGUCACCAAGACAGCCUACAGCCCCCAGGGAGCAGAGAACAAGCGCAGGAGGCCGAGUAUCCAGGGGAGGCAUCGGGCCCUCCGGCCCCCACUGAAGGGCUUCUGCGCCCGGACACGGCCUCUGCUCACCUACCACAAACACAGGCUGUUCACCAUGGAAGAGGCCGGCCCCGGUGAUAUGCAGGCUGGUCAGAGCACCAGCCCCCGAUCAUCUUCCUCCUGGGAGCCUGUGGCCCAGUGCGCCGUGCCUUCAGGUCCCCUCACCAUCAGCCCUGGAGGAUCCCUGACUUGUGGGGCGACCCAUUCCAAACCUCCCCCUCCGUCCGGCUCCUCUGACUCUCCUUGCUGCAGCCACUUCCAGAGGACCCCCUCAGGGGAGAGAUGGUCCCAAAGACCAAUGGAAGUCGACGUUGCUGAGCCCUGCGAUCCCAGCCUGAGCUGGGAUGGCCUGCACCGCAGUGGUGAGGAGGGCUUGUCUGACCUGCUCUGUGAUCAUCAUGAAAUCUCUGAGCUUUUGGAAGAGACCUACACAGAAUAUCAAAAACACACACGCAUGCUGGCCUCACGGGGGCCAGUCCACAGACGAAAGGGUGAGACUUUGUACGGCCUUGACAACAUAAUCAUCCCCAUGUCACUGGCCCCCGGUGUCAAGGUGGAGGCGAAACAGUACAAACACAUCCUCACACCAAGCUGGAGGCUAGUAAGCAUGCAGACAUCACAGGAAAUGAGAGGAGAGGAAGAGGGAGAUGAGGUAGAGGGGAUGACAGAAGAGGUGUUCCUCCAGAGACACCUGGAGCCUGAGCGGAGAGAGAUGCUGCGCUGGUCCUCCUGGGGGAGAAGGCGAUGUCGACACCGCAGCACUCGGACCCAUAGGCCCUCUGGAGGGGAGGGGCCUUGCAGCUUGGGAGAGGAGGAGAGUUCCAUGGAGUCAAGCCCCGCCCUGCUAGAAAUGGAUGAGCAUUCAGGCAUGGAGGAUAAACGUAUGCCCGCAUCCCCAUGGGAGCCACGCUCGUUUCCCCUGACCGAGGCUGCGGAAGAGAAGGCUCUGCCCUCUGUGGAUGCAAAGGAGUCCACAGUCCUGCGCCGCUCUGUGCCGUUCUCUAUCCUGUCCUCUUACGGUGCUUCGUCAGUGCCCUCUGUUGGACAGAACAGGAACAGCAUGGUACCAUUGUGCAGCUGCUGAGGGAGUGGCACAAAUGAUUCAGUUUAUGUUUCUGUCAGAGCUCACACCACAUAUAUUGUAUAUCAAUCCAAUUAUUUUUCAUUUAGAUGAUACACUGAUUUGAUUUGGUUGCAUUCUACUUCUUUUUUUUAUUGUCAACAUGUGUUUUUAUUGUUUUAUCAGUUUUUGCAGUUUGUCAAACUGUCUGAAGGGUCAUACCCCAUAUCCCUUGAAUAGCAUCCUGACGUGACAAGCAAUUUCUUGCUGUGAUCUAUCCCCGUUUGACUGUUCAACAAAAGAUUUGUUCCAGAUCCAUUUUGCAUGGAUCAAAUACAUCCGCUAUAAUUUAUCUAAUAUCUACCCUUCAUUUUGAUCAUAAGGCAAGAGAUUUCUUGCUGGUACAAUAUUUUAGGUGCUAAUUAUUAUUGUUGUCUAUACUGUUUGUUCCUUUUUAAAUGUGUCGAUAUAAAAACUGUUAAUAGAACCUCAACAUGUUACAUAACUCUUUUUGUAACUUGUAAAAUUGGAUUUUAACCUUGGAAACAUUUUUAUCCUUUUAUCAAUAAGAUUGAUGUUUAGAAUUGCUCAAAAUAUAACAAAAUAAAACAAUUCCUUCUCAUUUUAAUAAUUUUAAAUCAAGACCCUUUUUUUAAUCUCCUUGAACUUUAAGAGAUAGGACGUCUUAAAUAAAGGACGAAGGGGUGAAGAGCCACUUAUGGGAUUGUGGAUAGAAGGUAAUAGGCCUACUACACACUAAUGUGUUUGUCUGGGACAAUAUAGCACGAAGUAUUCAGGCACAGGGAAGUAUGUUAUGAAUUGAUUAAGGAUAAUUUCCCAUCCACUCCCAGGGUCCAUCCAGCAAACUUGGAAAAAAAAUGCCACUGAUUGUUCGGACGUUUCUUUGCUCUCUGAUUGGUUAUCAUAGACAUUUUGGUCUGCGCGCGUUGAUGACGAUGGGCCAAUAAACGCCCCUUGGAAAUCGAAAAUGAACUGAGAUGUUCUCGACGGAUUUGCGAAUUGGUCUCGCGAUAUAUGGCUACAAACAACUCGCCUUGUAGCUUCAACCCAAGGGGUAUGAUUAUUUAUCCCAAAGGCCGAACCAAACAUUAAUUUAGAGGGGAGGCCUGCUAAUAAAAUAAGGAAAGGCUAGAAAAGGUGAAAACACCCACUCUUAAUACACGUUCUGUGGUCAAACAUCCUCUCCUGCGCUCCACCUUUGUCAGGUGAAUCAGAAAACCAAUGUCAGAAUCAGAGGUGAACAAGUAAGACAAUGAAUGAAACAACAUACGCGGCGUUAUUAUUGGUACAGUUUAUUAGAAGUGAAUAAGGUCUUGAAUUGCUUUCAUA